ACGGAGAAGUUUGUGGCGGAUUCGCCUGGCUUUGUUUUCCGCGGCCGUGGGUGGCUCUGCUCGGUUCCUCAGCGCUCGGGGCGGCCGCUCGGAGUGUUCGUCCCCCCGCGGCGGGCGGCUAGCGUCGGUUACGGCCGCUAAACAUGGUGGCCUGCUGGCUGGGAGACGAGACGAGCCCGGUCCGGAGCGGAUUGUUAGCGGCGCUCGGAGCGUCCGUGUGAACUACGGUGGCUGCGGACAUUUUAUUUUUAUUCUACAUUUUUAACAUUUCCAGUCGUCUUUGGAGGUUUUCGGGACGCGGCGCUCUGCUCACAGCCGCCGCUUGUGCUCCGUGGAGCGGCGAUAAUUGAAAAGUUGUCCCGCAGGCCGCCGCAAAGUUUCUGGGAAAGUUGCGAAAACAUGCUGGAAAACGGUGCCUCGGCUCCGGACGCUUUGUAGCUCAACGUGAGAUGUUUGGGUGCACGAGUGCAUCCUCACGGCUUGAUUCAUUAUCAGUCUGUGGAUUAUUAUGGAUUAUUGUUAUUAUUAUGGCCUAAUCCAGCCAGAGCCAGACCGGGAGCUGCGGGAUUAACUGCUGAUUUCAUUGGUGAUGAUGAAGAUGAAGACAGAGAGAAGCGAUGGUUUCCCUUCGUUGUGAUUUUGAGUAGAGAGGAGUUAAUUACAUGGAGACUCGCCUGACAUGCCAAGGAAGGAGUUGCCACUACCUGACGGUUGGGAGGAAGCCAGAGACUUUGAUGGCAAAGUUUACUACAUCGACCACGUUAACCAGUGCACGAGCUGGAUCGACCCCAGAGACAGGCAAACGAAGCCUCUGACGUUCGCUGACUGUAUCGGCGAUGAGCUGCCGGUCGGCUGGGAGGAGGCGUACGACCCCGUCGUCGGAGCGUACUAUGUCGACCACAACACCAAGAGCACCCAGCUGGAGGACCCGCGGGCCCAGUGGCAGCGGGAGCAGGAGGCCAUGCUGCGGGAUUACCUGGCCGUGGCCCGGGACGCCCUCAGCGCCCAGAAGGAGAUCUACCAGGUGAAGGAGCAGCGACUCCGCCUGGCCCAGCAGGAGUACCGGCAGCUCAACGACGCCUGGAGGGACAAGUCCACGUCGCAGACGAGCUUGAACUCCAGAUCAUCCUCGUCCAGCAAAUACGACCCAGACAUCCUCAAAGCAGAGAUAGCCACUGCCAAAAGUCGGGUGAACAAGCUGAAGCGGGACCUGGCCUGUAUGAAGCAGGAGCUGCAGUACAAAGAACAAGGCUUCGCCACCCUCAAAGAGAUCGACCAGAAGGUGUCCAACAGUCCGUAUGGCUACAAGCUGCAGGAGGCCCAGGCCAUCCUCAGCGAGGUUCGCUCCAUCCGGGACGCCAUCAGCUCCGGGGAGAAGGAGAAGCAGGAGCUCAUGCAGAAACUGGCGGUGCUGAAGGACGGCUUCCAGCUGGACUCGGGUUCUCAGCAGGAGCUCUGGGGCAGCAGUCCGUCGCUCGCCAACUCGGAGGUGUCCAUCCCACGACUGUACUCUGACGCCGGGUCCCAGACCGACAUCCCCGCCGAGUUUAUGACCAGCACCAACAAACUGGCAGAGAAGGUUCGUCUGAGCCUGAAGUAUGAGGAGGCCAAGAGAAGGAUCGCCACCAUCGAGGUGCAGAUCGCCAAACUGGACAGCGAGGCGUGGCCGGGGCUGCUGGACCCGGAGAGGGACCGCCUCAUCCUCAUCAACGAGAAGGAGGAGCUGCUGAAGGAGCUGCAGUACGUCAGCCCUCGCCAGCGCCUGGAGCCCAACGACGCCGAGAAGCUGGAGUCAGAGAAGAAGCGCCUGGAGAGAGACCUGCAGGCCGCCAGGGACAACCAGAGUAAAGCUCUGACGGAGAGGCUGCGACUCCACUGCAAGAGGAACAAGCUGGUCAGAGAGCUGGAGGAGAUGGUCCGACUGGCCACGUCGCUGCACACCCAACUCAAAAGCCUCUCGGCCAGCACCUUAUCCUGUUCGUCCGGCAGCAGUCGAGGCUCUUUGACGUCCAGCCGUGGAUCACUGGCCACCACCUCCAGCCUGGGAUCCACCUCCUCCCUCAGCUUCACCGACAUCUACCUGGAGCAGCCUGAGCUGGCCGAUCCGGACUUCCAGAACAAGCUGGACAGCCUCCUGCAAGAGGGCGGCCAAGGAGGCUACCGCCCCUCCAGCUCCAUCACCACCAUCCACGAGCAUGAGGUGGUGACAGGCUGCGGAGGAAGGGACGCUGGGAGGCCUGAGGGCAAAGCAGGAGGUAUAGGAGGAGACGCUGGAAGUUCUGCUGGAGGAGGCCCAGGAGGUAAUGCUGGGGUGGAGUCGGGGUCUUCCAGAAUCCAAGCCCUCAGACUGUCAGAAACCCCUCGCUCCAUGAGCUCUUUAUCUCCGCGGUCGUCGCUCUCCUCGUUGUCUCCGCCAUGUUCGCCGCUGGUCACGGACACUAGCUUCUUGUCUGGAGAAACUUUUGCGGGCCAGACGGGUCCCGGCGGGUUGGGCCUGGAUCUGGAGCUACACAGCCGGUUAGCGGAGCUGGAGCUCGGCUUGGACUCAGAGGAGCAACAGCAAGAGCGUGGAGGUUCUGGAGGGCUGGAGGAGAAGCAGAGCACCACGCUGGGCGAGGAGGUCAAAGACUCGACUCCUCAGCUGCGAGGGACGGGGGCGGGGCCAAAGAAGAUGGGCGUGACCUCGGCAGUGUCGGACGAAUCGGUGGCUGGCGAUAGCGGCGUGUACGAACCCUCGGAGCGCAGGCCGGGCCUCCCUGCUGACCUCCUGCUGGGCUCCUACGAGGAGAGGCUGGCUUCGGGCUGCUCUCAGGUGCAGCUCGGCUUCCGAUACGAGUCCAGAGACCAGCGAUUCACCGUCUACGUCAUGCAGCUGUCCAACUGCGGCGCCCUCUGUCUGCCCACCGACCAGAAAAUGUAUGUUCGCGUGGUGGUGCUGCCCUGCGUGGAGGCGACGCGCUGCCUCUUCCGAACUCGCGGCUCGCUGCCUCAGGACACCGUGGAGUUCAACGAGGUGUUCGGCAUGCAGAUCUCCCACAGUGCACUGCGGCAGAAGACCCUGAGAGUUGACGUCUGCAACACCAGCAAGUCGGGCCACGAAGACUGUCUGGCCGGAGCUCAGAUCAGUCUGGCUGACGUCAGCUGUUCGGAGGACAGACGCUGCAAGUGGUACAACCUGCUGAGUCGCGUCUACAUGCCCGAGAUCAGCAACAAGGACAAAGGCAGCAGAGCGUCUGGCAGCUCUGACCGGACUCGUGUUUCCAGCAGCGACAGAGUCGGAGCUCCGGAAGACGAUGAGUGGCAUGGCGACCCUCUGGAGGCGGACAUUUUUGACGAUGAAGAUGGAAAUAGCGUGGAGGGGGUGGGGCCUCUGGAGGAGGAGGAUGGGUUUUAUCCUGACAGCAGCCAAUGGGAGGCAGAAGAGGAGGAGGAGGAGGACGAGCAGGAAGUAGAGGAGAAGGUGACCAAACCUCCUCCAGCAGCGGCAGCACCCAUCACAGAAAAGGUGAACAAGGAGACCAGCAUGGACGGCUUGUCGUCCCACCACUGCUCGGUGGUUCGGCCCAAAGAACGGCGCCCGGACGUCCACCAGCAGAACCCGUUCAUGAGGGGCAACACCAUCAUCCGCUCCAAGACCUUCUCCCCCGGACCUCAGAGCCAGUACAUCUGCAGGAUUAACCGCAGCGACAGCGACAGCUCCACCCUCUCCAAGAAAUCGCCAUUUGUCCGAAAUGCCUCGGAGAGACGCAGCAUGCGCAUGAAGAAGCCUCCGGUGCAGGUCAAAGGUCUGGAUGGCCUCCUGCGGACCUCCCUGGACCUGGAGUUGGACCUGCAGGUGUCUCGGACUCGGCAGGCCCGGCUGGCGCAGGAGCUGCGGGUUCUGCGGGAGCUGAAGUCACAGCUGGAGAAGGCGAGGCAGAAGGGCCAGAGGGAGCUGCCGGCCUGGGUGCAGGAGGACGAGCGCUUCCGGCUCCUCCUCAGGCAGGCCGAGAAACAGACUUGUGAGGAGCAGCUGCAGGAGAAGCGAGUGGAGAAGAUGAUGAGGGCUGCAGCCAAGGACGUCCACAAGAUCCGAGGCCAGAGCCGCAAAGAAGUCCCUGAGGUCCAGACCUUCAGAGAGAAGAUGGCGUUCUUCACACGAGCAAAGACCUGCAUCCCCGACCUGCCGGCCGACGACGUGUAGAGAAGCAUUUCAAAGUAUUUUCCCUCCCAAGUCUUAACCUGCUGUUCCCUCACAUGAAGCAAAUGUUUGGCGGUGUCAUGAAGAAUUUAAAAAACAAAAACAUAUAUACACGUAGAAAAAAAACACAAAAACGCUGGAAACAGUGAAGAAAGAAAUUUUUAAGGAGCUCAGCAUUUCUAAUGUGGAUAGUCUUUGUUUGUAAAUUAGUGAUAGCACUGCUAGAGCUUUUUUUAUUAUUAUUAUUAUUGUUAUUAUUAUUAUUAUUAUUUUUCACUCUCUCUUCCGCUCUUCUGUUUUGUUUUCUGUUACUAACCGGCUGUUUAUAGGCUCUUACAUUAGGUGUUUGAAUCAUUCCAGAUCACAGAAUCAUACAGUCUCACAUGCGUACAAAGACUUUGUUGUUUUUUUUUGUACUAAAACGACACAUUGACAGCACAAAGUAGAAUCAAAAAAAUGGUACUAAAGACAAUUUAAGCUGAUAAUAAAGCAAAAUAAAUAUUUACACUUCAGAGAUAUUUAAUAUUGACGUUCACAUCGCGUGUUUUCUUUUUUAGAGCAUUUUGAAGAUUUUAUACGCCGACACAAGCACACGGUCUUUUAUUUUAAUUUUUAUUUGUUUUUAAAUAUAAUUUUCUCUACAGAUGUCAGCGAAACUUUUCCAUAAAUGUAAAUAUGGAUCAGAGAGUUAAAGGCAGUCAUAAUCCUUAAGAACUCUGAAGUCGGGUUCAUUUUCUGUCCUGGUUUAAUCGGCAGAACCACUACGCGGACUAGUACGUUUUUGUAGUUUCCAUGAGUUUAAAUCAAUCAGGUCUUUGCAUCUACCCAGACUGGUAUCUUCUAGUCGCUCAGGUUAACGUAACUAAAGUAAAAACUAAUAUUUCUGACCCAGAAAAAACACGAAAUAAUCCAAGUUUAUCGUUGUAACUUAAACCUAAACUGCCCCUCGAAGCCAAAAUGCAGCAACUACAGACCAGAAUCAGACUUUUUUUUACCUCUUAAAAAGACUUUACUGUGAAAAUGCAUCAUGUCUGAACUGAAAACACUAAAGAUUGGGAGCAGUAGCGUUUUGUUUGCUAAUACUGCAGCGAAUAACUUCAACAUAUUAACAAUCCAAACACCCAAGAGCUGAGGAAGUGACCAUUUCUUAACCCUCUGAACCCCAGGCACAUUUAGGGAGGUUUUUUUUUAUGUGCUUCUGUCACAUUUUUACUCACUUUUUACUUUUUACAAACUCUAAAAACUGUUCAUCAGCUGUGGGGAGAUGUUUCACCGUGGUGGACGGGUCUUCAACAGCUUCCUCCUCUGUUCACUAUUUCUGAGCCGUGCUGCAUUUAUUUAUUGAUCCAGUAGGUUGGAUUUUCCUCUCAGUGUCUCUGUGGAAACACUGCCUGCAGUUCAGCCUAAAACUAAAACUAAAAGCUAAAUCAGUCAUGGCGUUUUAGUUUCAUGGUUUACUUUUGGCAAAUUUUCAUAUGAGACACAGAAUAACUGGAUAUGGAAAUAUAAUUUUAAGCUUACAUUUGGUUAAUUUUCCCAGCAUAACUACAGGCCACAGACUGUUAGAAGGUUAAAAAGCCAGUUAUUCGUUCUACUUUUACAGUUUAGUUUAGUUAAGUGUAAAAUUGGCAAUUUUUUAAAAAGUAAGAAGUACAUUUUUAAGAAGUAAACAUGCCUCUGAAACCCGCCGGCGGGUUUUUGGGUUCCGAGGGUUAAAACAUAUCAAAACAUAUUUAAAAAAUAUCAAAUGUAUAUAUUUUUUGUGAAAUAUGGCAGCUUUAAUUGCUAAUUUUAUUGCUAAAUACUAGCUAAAAAGUCCAAUUUUCCCUUCAGGAGGUGGUGGAGACCAAAAAUGGAGAUAAAAGAGAGCGAAUGCAGCAGCUGCAUUCACUGCAUUUCUUGUUUAGAUUUUCUUCAUGGUCUCUUCAGUGAUGCUUAAAAGCAGUCCUCAUGCAGUUGCUGCUUUCUGCCUUUGUGGGGCAGUGUUGUGAAAUUAUCUACGAGACUUGUGUGUUUCUGUAUCGAGAAACAUUGAUGAUCUCAGACAACAGAGUCUUCAAAAUCUGAAGAGAAAAUAAAAGCUCAGCGAAUCUGGUGCUGUUACCGCCACCAACCACAGGUGUCGCCAAAUCUACCCGAACUGGAAUCUUAAGGAUUAUAACUUCUGUAGCUUCAAAUCGAGCUGUACUUUAUAAUGUAAAAAUAAUCGGUCUGAUCCCUGCCGAUGCUUGUCUGACGUUUCGUGGACAGCGCAGGUGCUUGUACGUCAGGUCCAUCGUUCACGACAUAAAACACUACACCAGGAAGAUGAGUCUAAAGCAAAAAGUCGUCCUGAUUAUUGUCUCUCACCGGUUACAAACAAACACAUUCAGCAAAGUGUAGAAACAGCACUAACUCUCACUAACACUCAGGUAGUUGAUCGGAUAGUCUGCACUUU